AUGGAGUUUAAUGUUGAAAAAUGUAAGGUGUUGAGGGUUGUUAGAACACGUACAAUAUACGAUAGGCAGUAUACUUUAGGCUCCUCGCAUUUGUCGGUUGUUCAAAGCGAAAAAGAUUUAGGUGUGUGGAUUUCUGAUACUUUGAAUUGGAAUAUUCACACAGAUAAUAUAGUUGCUAAAGCCCAGAAAAUGUUAGGUCUAUUAUAUCGAACCUUUAAGGAUAUUGAUGAUAACAGUGUGAAGCGUCUGCUUUAUUUUACUUGG